AUGAAGAUAAACAGAGAUUUUUAUGUGAAAUUAGAUAAAGAAAAGAAGGAGUUAAUAGAAAAGACAUACUAUUCGUUGAAGGGUGGAUCUAUACAGUAUAAUGAUUUUAUAGAUAUUUGUAAAAGUGUUUUAGAUACUGAUGAAUAUGAUCAAUUGUUUUUUGAGUCGGAAGAAACAAAUAUAACAAGUAAACCACAAAGAGAAGAGACUUAUGAUGAUAGAGGAGAGGAGAAAGGUGAUGGUAGGGAAGAAAAGAAAAAGAAAGAUAAUAUUGAUGAUGUAAUGCAUUACACAGGUAUUGAUUUAAAGGAAGAAGCAGAUAAUAUAACGAAAGAUCUUGAUUAUGUAGGAAAUUUACAGAAUGUUGGAUUUGAUAACACACUUAAUGGAUUUGAUGAUAUGUUUAAUGUAAAUCAAUUAACUAAAUUUAUAAAUUCUUGUUGUAUUAAUAGAAAUGUAAAAAUAACAGAGGAUGCAGUUAAUUUAAUAUUUAAUACACUUUAUAGAAAAAUAAGAGAUUUAUUAGAUAAAUUAAAUGAAGCCUCAAAAUUAAGAACAAACACAGGAGUGUUAGUAAGAGAUAUGGGAGUGUUAAAUGAACAUUCUAAACAGUUAUGGUAUCUUAAUGAAUAUGAAAAAGAGUUACAUUUAAAAUUAAAUCUAAAAAAAGAAGAAGAAAGACAGAAAAGAAAACAAGUAACAGAAAGAGAAGAUCUUGUUAUAAAAAAGAGGCAAAGUAACACAGUUGCAAUGGCAGCAAUGGGAAUUAAACAGAAAAGUUGGAUGAAGCAUGAUUCACAAAAAGAUGAUGAUAUUAAUAGAUUUGAACAAUUGUAUGCGCAAAUAGAUUAUCAAGCUUUUGAGAAACAACAAGAUAAUAGAAUUAUUACAGUUGAUGAUUUAAUUUAUGUUUUAGAAAAAGAUAAAAGGUUUAGUAAGAGUGUGUUUUUAUUACAAUUGAAAUUUUUAACAAAAUAA